CUUCCCAAACGAAAACCAAACCCCAAAAAGCUCCAUAGCUAUGGAGUCAAGCAUCCUAGAUUCGAUCGGAACGGAGAUCGUGGGCGUAAUGUGCCCAGUAUCAAUCUGCAUGCUCCUCGUCGUCCUCCUCGUCUACUCCCUCUACUCCUCUUCCGCCGCCGCUCCUCCCAUCCGCACCGCCGCCAACCUCGUCUACAUGGAGAGCCCUUCUGACUCCGUCACCCAAAAGCUCGAGGGCUCGCUCCUCAACGCCUUGGUCUUCGUCAUCUUCGUCGCCAUCGUCACCUUCCUCCUCGUCCUCCUCUACUACUACAAUUUCACCAAUUUUCUCAAGAACUACAUGAGGUUCUCUGCCUUCUUCGUCCUCGCCAUGAUCGGGGGAUCGAUCUUCUUCUCCAUUGUUCAGCAUUUCUCCAUACCAAUCGACUCCGUCACUUGCUUUCUCUUGCUCUUCAACUUCUCCGUCGUUGGGGUUCUGUCGCUGUUCUCCGCUGGGUUUCCGAUUCUCUUGAGGCAAGCGUAUAUGGUUUCUUUGGGGAUCUUCGUGGCCACUUGGUUCACCAAAUUGCCGGAGUGGACUACUUGGACUCUUCUCGUGGCUUUGGCUGUGUACGAUUUGGUGGCGGUUUUGGCUCCAGGCGGUCCGCUCAAGCUUUUGGUUGAGCUAGCCUCGAGUCGAGAUGAGGAGCUUCCGGCUUUGGUUUACGAGGCUCGCCCCACGGUCUCGAGAGAAGUUGAAAAUCGGGGGUCCCCAUUGAGGCUUUUGGCAACUGGGGUUUCCGAUACAGGUUCGGUCGAGCUUCAGGCAAUUUCACAGGACAAUUCGAAUAGAAUUAGGAGCGAAGAAGAAGGUGGCAGCGGUGAUGGCAAUUUCACAGCCGUUGAAGUUAGGAACUUUGUGAAUGAGAGAGGUGUUUUGAGUGAGGAAGAUGAAGAGGAGAGGUCCCCAUUGGUGUUGAAUUCAAUUGGGAGGCAUUCUGCAAGCAGUGAUUCGCCACUGUCUGAUCGAGCCAGGGCGAAUGGGGGCCGGGAAAAUGUAGUGCCUGUGGAGGAGGAGAUGUCUCCUCUUGUUGAGCUAAUGGGAUUGGGAAAUGAGAGAGAAGUAACAAGAGAAGGAGUGGAGUUAUCGAGCAGAGGUAUUAAACUUGGUCUUGGUGACUUUAUUUUCUAUAGUGUUCUUGUUGGAAGAGCAGCCAUGUAUGAUCUUAUGACUGUGUAUGCUUGUUACCUUGCCAUUAUUUGUGGACUUGGCUGCACUCUCAUUUUGUUGUCUGUGUACCGAAGAGCUCUGCCUGCUCUCCCCAUAUCCAUUGCUUUGGGUGUUCUUUUUUACUUCUUGACUCGCAUAUUAAUGGAACCUUUUAUUGUUGGGACAGCUACAAACUUAUUGAUGUUUUGAUUCUCCAUUGAUGAAAUUAGUUGUUGAGAGAUGCUAAUGGCUUGCAACAGUGCAUAUUUUUUAGGGAAGAGAAUUCUUAUGUUUAAUUUUUUGGAGGGGCGGGGACUGGCAUAAUUUGGUACAGACUAGACAUUAGACAAUGCAGUGCAGCCUUGUUCAUAAUGAUUUGUAGUUGAGAAGAUGUAAUUUUUUACUGACCUUUAGGUCCUUACAUCAAUAUAUAUAUAUAUGAAAAUUGAUUUAGAGCAUAGAAAUGAUGAUGAUCGAAUCGAUUAUCUUGUUUUAUCUCCAUUUACAUGAAGCUAGUGGUUUUCAUGUCCCUAAAUGUGCUGCCUGUUCUUUUUGUACAAUAAAUAAUGAAGAUAUAGUAUAGACUAUGUUAUGUUAUUGUU